AUGUUUGAUAUUAAAGAGCCAAAAUAUGCAGAUGAUGAGCUUUUUAAACAAAAAAUGGACACUCUUUAUAUGGGACUUUAUCAGCGAUGGAAAAUGUACAGAGAAGAACGUGUAUCUUCUUAUUUUCGAAAUGAAAAUGUGAAUGAGUUUUGUCCUGUAAGGGAUAAGAAACUUCGGAUGUAUUUAAGAGACGUACGUUGUAAUCGAGAAAUGCUUUGGUCAAAGAGACGACAACAAGAUGACGAUGUAUUGCUAGAUGAACAAAAAAUGCGGUCUGUUUUUUUUGCAGAGGAGAAACAGCGACGCCAAUGUCUGGAAAAAGAAGCAAUGUUUAAUCAAAUCACAUUUGAGGAGAUCUAUGAUGAUUCGUUUAUUAAUGAUGAUGCUCUUAUAUUUAUUGAGAAAAUGGAAAUGUUAGAAAAUCAGGGACUUAGUUAUCUUGUUGAGAAAUAUUUUCAGUAG